CUCUAGGACUGCAGAGAAGGGGAGGCCUUCUCUCUCAAAGGAGUUUCCUGGCUUCUGAGGGCCAGCAGUUCCGGCCAUGAGGUGGGGCUCCCCAAAGCCCUGCCUCCACACCCCUCCCUCCCCCCAAGAUUCUUUGGAUCACUAGCCACAGGUGCUGGCUCUGCCGUGGGCUCCAGGUGCUGCCUAAGAGUGAACCAACCAGCCUCCCGGUGGCUAGGGUCUGAGCAAGAAGGCCAGAACCCACCAGCCACAGGAAGCAGUAGGCAUCAGGGACUCUUGAGGAACAACACCCCAGCUCCAGCUCCCGCCAGCCUAUCUCACCAAGUGUCACUGGAAGCACUCCGGACAUCCCCUGAGGACUUGUGCCCAGCAGAAGCCUUCAAAAGGCUAGACAAGAGUGAAGUCAGUGGACAGGGAGGCCAUUGAGGCCUCAGAUCACCUCCUCCCUCUUCAGGGGACUCACCAAGCUUCCACUUCCACCAAAUUACAGACUGGGGUCUCAAACCAAGUUAGGGACUAGCUGUAUGAUUCAUGGGGCCUGGGGGUGAAUUAAAAUACGGUACCUGUGCUAAAUACUGAGGGCUUUCAAGAGAUGAGGAGGGCAUUCAGCCUAACACUGUGGCCCUCUCAGGUCCCUACCAGCCCACUCUCCAUUGCCAUUAUGGCUUCUUAUAAUAACCCUCUGCAGCUCUGCUCCAGGGCCAUGCCAACUUCGGGCUCCGACCUCAGGCCAUCCUUGGAAAGCUCAUGGGUCCUCGGGUGCAGGAUCCCUAAAGAGAGACCUGGGAGGCAGAACCUGGUCUCCUCCUGAUCUGCAGCCACCCACGAUCACUGAGGGGUGGAUGCUUCUGGGCUCUCUGAGCUGUGGCUGCCUCUCUCCAGGCAGUGAGGCACUGAUGUUGCAGGAGGGGUUGUCCCUUAGAAUCAUGUUGGGGAUUCCAGGCUGAGGGUACAGGAGAGAGAGGAUCUGACCCCACAAUUAGUUACUCCUGGAGGGGUAGGCUGACCUAGUAACCUGUAUGCAGUCUGGGCUUAGAUACGGUAGGAGGGUGACAGGCUCCUGUAGCACAGUGGGGUAGACUCAAGUUUUAGAAACCAAGUCCUGGCCACCAGCUGCCAUCUAGGGAAGCUGGUUGGGGGGAUCUGAGUUCAGGGAGUCACAGUGGCCCCCAGCCCCCAGCUGGGGGUCCCACCCUUCCUGCUCAUGGUGGAAGAAGCCAGGCUGUCGGAUGUGUACUCUCCUCAGGCCCCAGGAAGGUGGGGUACAGAGGCCAAGGCAGCUUCAUGGCCUCCUCCUUCCCACUCCCAUGCCAAGGGUGGCCAAGCCGGCAGGUAGGCAAGUUUAGGCCGGCAUUGAUUCAGCAUGGAGGAAUGUUCAGGCUCUCCCAACUAUGCCUUGCCCCUGCCUGCCCCCGCCUCGCCCUCAUCCCCAGGCACUACUGGCCUGGUGCCUAUGCCAGCAAAGCUCCUUCAGCCUAGGCUUGCUGGAGCGCAUGCCCACUUGUUGGUGGCCCUAUGCCCUGUACCCCCAGCUCCCUCCCACAUGACCUCAUGGCCCAAGCUGCUCUUGGCCCGGAGGCUACAGUAAACUGGACUACCUUAUAGAACAUGGUAGGUUCUUCGGAAUGCGGGGGGCUAUGAUGGGUCCUCCUUGUGAAAUGAGACACCCCUGAAAAUGAGAAAAGGCCUCUGAGUCCAUGAAAAAAGGGCAAAGUUCUCCAUGCAAUGUGUGUUGGAGGGUUCCAGUGGGCAAGGGCCAGCAAAAGCAGGUACCAGGCUGCCCAGGCCUGGCCUACUUGGCUAGGGUUGGGGCCCGGGGAAGGUGGCAAGAGGCUGGGCUUGUGGCAGUGAAGUCAAUGCUUUGGCCAAGGCCCAGAGCUUCUCUCUGCCUAGCUUCCUGACUAGCAACCUUGCCCCUGGCUACCUAGGCUGCCUUCUAAUCUAGGGUGGACCGAGUACUUGCUGCUGCCAGUUGAAGAGGCAGUACACAAAGGUCAGAGGGCCACCCCUCAAGUGACCUGGAUCCCAGUUAUCUCCUCCAAGCCAACAGGGGCAGGAAGAUGGGGCGUGUCCCAGACCCCCGCAGCGCCUCAGCUCCAGUCCACACCACUGCUCAGCCCAGUCUCAUUCCAGACCUCGUUACCAGGAUCCCCUGGCCCCGCUGGGCACUCUUGAUCACCAUUCUUGCUGCUGGAGUCCUCCUGGUCUCUUGUCUGCUCUGCGUCAUCUACUGCUGUUGCCGCCGCUGCCAACGCCGGAGGAGGAAGCAGCCCAAAGACAAAGAAGCUGUGGGCCUGGGCAGUGCUCACAGCAGCACCACUACUCACCUGGUUCAACCAGAUGUGGACUGCCUGGAGCCCUGCUCUGGGGGUCCCCGACAGUGGGGGCGACUGCUGCUGUCACUGGAGUACGACUUUGGAAGCCAGGAGAUUAGGGUGGGCCUGAGGCAGGCUGAAAACCUGAAAGCUGAGGGCACAGCAGACCCCUACGCCCGCGUCAGUGUUUCCAGCCAGCCUGGGAGAAGACACGAGACAAAGGUGCACCGUGGGACUCUCUGUCCCUUGUUUGAAGAGACAUGCUGCUUCCUAGUCGCCCCUGCAGAGCUGUCCGGGGCUACCCUAAAGGUGCAACUGUUGGACUUCAAGCGGUUCUCAGAACACGAGCCGCUGGGGGAGCUCCGACUAUCACUGGGUACCGUAGACCCUCAGCAUGUCCUGGAGAGCUGGUACCAGCUGGGCGCUCCAGGUACCACUGAGCCUGAGCAGAUGGGGGAGCUGUGCUUCUCACUGCGCUAUGUGGCCAGCUCAGGCCGCCUGACUGUGGUCGUGCUGGAGGCUCGGGGUUUGAACCCAGGGCUUGCAGGGCCCUAUGUGAAGGUCCAGCUCAUGUUAAACCAGAGAAAAUGGAAGAAGAGAAAAACAUCCUGUAAGAAAGGCACAACUACCCCCUACUUCAACGAGGCUUUCACCUUCCUGGUUCCAUUUGGCCAGCUCCAGAGUGUGGACCUGGUGCUGGCUGUCUGGGCUCAUGGACCGCAGCUCCGGGCUGAGCCUGUGGGCAAAGUGUUGCUGGGUCCCCGGGCUUCAGGUCAACCCCUACAGCACUGGGCAGAUAUGUUGGCCCAUGCCAGGCGGCCCAUCGCCCAGUGGCACCACCUGCAGUCCCCCAGGGAAGUGGACCAAGCUCUAGCCCUGAAGCCUCGCCUGCCCCUGCCCAGGCCUUGCUCCUAAAAGAACCCUAGGCUUCAGUUUCCCCAAAUGGAGCUGUGGCAUUUGUCCAGGCUCUUCAGAGCUUUCUGUAAUAAAAGCCUUCUCUUUCCCACUCAUGUGCCCUGAUAGAACCCUGUGAGGAGGACCAGAGACACGAGGUGGGCUACAUCUUGGCACCACCGUCCUCUCAAGGAUGGGGUAGUGUGCUCUGAACAGAUCUGCCAGUCCUGAGCCUCUGCUGAAGGCCUGAUUAUGAGGUCUUCCCUAGGAAGAUGGCACCAUCCUCUCUGCCAUCCAGGGUUGGCAGAGGAUCAGGGGACUAGAACUGGCCCUGUGGGGACAAAGUGGGCAACUGGGGUGAAUUGUGGGUAGGGACAGUGUGGGGAGGAGACCCCAACACCAUGAGCGAAGGUGGGAUAGAGUGUCCUCUGUACUAUCAGCAGGGGGCAGUAUGUGCCUUUCGAAGCUGCUCUGAGGCCUUUGGGGGCUUGCAGUCCUGGCCUGUGAUAUACCUCUUAAUCCCAGCACAUCUGGCGGGCUUUAGCAGCUCCAACCCUCCUCUGAUCCUCUGGGGCCCCAGAGCAGCAGGGAUGGGGCCAAGCCAUGAUCUCGGUGUCUCUGGGUGGGGUUCAGAAGAGGGAAAGGGGUGAGGGCCUGGCCCCAGCGAGCCAGGCAAUGCAGGGCCUGCCUAGGCAGCUAAGGGCCCUGAGCCCCCACGGGUCAGAGAGAGGUUCCUGGGGCGGUGGCACCACUCUCUGGGAUUGAAGGACAUGUUCCAAGUUGCCUGUGCAGAGAGACACCCAUGGGCAGGGCGUGUGGCAGGCUGGGAGAGGCCCAGCUGCUGGUCCAGGGGCCCAUUUGCUCGUCUCCCUAGGCAGAAGGGCAAGUUCACUACAAGAGGUGGGCAUCACUCUCCUGAGCCCUGACUACCACACAGGGCCAGGGAGACUUGUUUUGUUGUUUUGUUUUGUUUUGCUUUUGUUUGUUUUUGUGGAGUGGGUGGGUGUCCAGUUUUUCAAGAGGACUGAUGUGGUGAACAGUCAUCCCAGGGGCCCAAGUAGGGAGAGAGCACCCAGCAGGCAGUGAGUGGCCGAGUGUAGCUCAGUCUGAUGGGUGUUGAGCUACAAGGCCAUUUGACAGUGACUCUAGUUCAGCCCACUUGCGAGGUCAGGUUUCCCUUGGAUGAAGACUUUAGUGGAUGCUUGAGCUGGGUACCUUGGAGACCCACAUGCAACUCAACUCCUGUUGUCCUGAGGGCUCUUGCAGGAACAAGGGUGGCAUCUUGAGCUCGUCACUGAGACAUAAAUAGAGUAAACCAACCCCCCCACCCCAAGACUUCUUGGACAGGCCAGCACUUGGGCUGACUGGCCAGGAGGCUG